AUGGGCGAAAGUGGUGAUCGUAUGCCUAAAGUGGAUAUUCAAAAUCAAAAAAUCAAUCCAACACAAUUGCAAUUUAUGAAAUUAAUUGAAAAACAAAAUUUGGAACGCGUUCAAAAAUUGCAACGCUUACGAAGAAAUAAUAUAAUUACAGGUUGUAUCGUCGGUACUGGAGUUUUUAGUAUUUAUUUCUACUCCAUGUGGGCUGUUCAACAAGAAAAAUUUUUGGAUGAUUUUAACGAACCCGAAAAAACUACAAGUUUAUAA